AGAAAGAAACCAGCGUGCGGAUCUGCGCUGAUUCCUCUCACCGUGGGCUCAUAGAACACGCAGUGUUUGAAGGUGGAAGUAACUUUUAUACCGCAGAGAAGAGUUCUAACGCACCCGGGGACGCACAUCUGGUCUGAACAGGCGCGGUAUCGACCGUUAAACCAUGUCGGCCUCAUCGGCGAAAGUGAGCAGGAAGGAGAACUCGAACCACGACGGAGCGGACGAGACCUCUGAAAAAGAGCAACAGGAAGCAAUCGAACAUAUUGAUGAAGUCCAGAACGAAAUCGACAGACUGAACGAACAAGCGAGUGAAGAAAUUUUAAAAGUAGAGCAACAGUUCAACAAAUUACGUCAGCCAUAUUUUCAGAAGCGAUCAGAACUCAUAGCCAAAAUCCCGAACUUCUGGGUCACAACAUUCGUCAACCAUCCACAAGUUUCAGCUCUUCUGGGCGAGGAGGAUGAAGAGGCGCUUCAUUAUCUGUCGAAGGUGGAGGUCACUGAGUUUGAGGACAUAAAGUCUGGAUACAGAAUAGAUUUUUUUUUCGACGAGAACCCGUACUUCGAGAACAAGUCCCUCUCCAAAGAGUUUAACGUGAACGAGAGUGGGGAUCCCGUUUCCAAAUCCAGCGAAAUAAAGUGGAAAGCCGGAAAGGACCUGACGAAGCGCACGGGUCAGACGCCAAACAAAGCCGGGAAGAAGCGGCAGCACGAGGAGCCCGAGAGCUUCUUCACCUGGUUCACCGACCACUCAGACGCAGGCGCUGAUGAGCUGGGAGAAGUCAUCAAGGACGACAUCUGGCCCAACCCACUGCAGUACUACCUGGUCCCCGACAUGGAAGACGAGGAAGGCGACGGUGAUGACGACGACGAUGAAGAGGAGGGCCUCGAGGACAUUGAUGAGGGAGAGGAAGAGGAAGGUGAAGACGACGAUGAAGACGGUGACGGAGAAGAUGGAGAGGUGAGUCCUGCUUCUUCCUGAACCAGACAUCAGUGG